CUUCUCACUCUGCCCGCGGAAGCCCGAGGCCUGCGGCCCAGUCCAGCGCGCACUGCCGAGCCCCCACCCCGCCACCCACCAGCCGCCGCCGCCGCCCGCGUCCGGACCUGGCCACCAGGAUCAUGUGGUACAUCAGCACUCGGGGAAUGGCCCCACGGGUCAACUUUGAGGAAGCCCUCUUCUCUGGCUAUGCUCCUGAUGGAGGUCUCUUCAUGCCGGAGGAGCUCCCCCACUUGAACAGAGAGACCCUGCGCCAGUGGAGUGCGCUCUCCUACCCCGGCCUGGUAAAGGAACUGUGUACCCUCUUCAUCGGCACUGAGCUCAUUCCAAGAGAUGUCCUAAAUGGUCUGAUCGACCAAGCCUUCAGCAGAUUCCGCCACAGAGAGGUGGUCCAUCUGUCCAGGAUGAGGAACGGGCUGAACGUGUUGGAGCUGUGGCAUGGGGUCACGUAUGCGUUUAAGGACCUGUCCCUGUCCUGCACAGCACAGUUCCUACAGUACUUCCUGGAGAAGAAGAAGCAGCACGUCACAGUGGUCGUAGGAACGUCUGGGGACACAGGAAGUGCCGCCAUUGAGAGUGUUCAGGGGGCAAAGAACAUGGACAUCAUCGUUCUGCUGCCCAAGGGUCACUGCACGAAGAUUCAAGAGCUCCAGAUGACAACAGUGCUGAGGGAGAAUGUCCAUGUGUUUGGAGUGGAGGGCAACAGCGAUGAGCUUGAUGAGCCGAUCAAGGCUGUGUUUGCUGACGUCGCUUUUGUCAAGAAGCACAAUCUCAUGAGCCUGAAUUCUAUCAACUGGUCCCGGGUCCUCGUGCAAAUGGCCCAUCACUUCUUCGCUUAUUUCCAGUGCGCACCGUCCUUGGACCCGGAGCCCCUGCCCCCUGUGGAGGUGGUUGUACCGACAGGGGCUGCAGGCAACCUUGCAGCUGGGUGCAUUGCCCAGAAGAUGGGUCUGCCUAUCCGCCUUGUUGUGGCAGUGAACCGCAAUGACAUCAUCCACAGGACUGUCCAGCAGGGCGACUUCUCUCUGUCUGAGGCCGUUGAACAGACCUUGGCAUCAGCUAUGGACAUUCAGGUGCCCUACAACAUGGAGAGAAUCUUCUGGCUGCUCUCUGGCUCUGACAGCCAGGUGACAAGAGCCCUCAUGGAGCAGUUUGAAAGGACCCAUAGAGUGAGUCUACCCAAGGAACUGCACAGCAAGCUUUCAGAGACAGUGACAUCUGAGUCAGUGUCGGAUGAGUCCAUCACCCGGACCAUGGCUCGCUGUUGGGAAGAGAACCGGUACCUGCUCUGCCCUCACUCAGCCGUGGCCGUGAGUUACCAUUACCAGCAGACAGAGCGGCAGCAGCCCAGCCUUCCCCGGUGCUGUCUGGCCCCUGCCUCUGCAGCCAAGUUCCCAGAAGCUGUGCUGGCGGCUGGGCUGAUGCCAGAGACCCCUGCGGAGAUCCUAGCCCUGGAGAGCAAGGGGACACGCUGCACGCCUAUGCGGAAGGGUGAUGACUGGACGCUGAUGCUUCGGAACACCAUUGAGGACCUAAGCUCGAAGCAGAGAGGUCACUUCCUGAAUGCUCCAGAAUAGCCAGGCUAGAUCUGGCUUCCUUCAGGCUCCAGACCCCAGGGAGGCACGCCCUCUAAACUGCUUUGCAUACCUUCUCAUCAAGAAUUGGUGUAGGAGAUUCUCAGGAGGUUGCCCAGCAUGGUCUGGGGACCAGCUGGCUUUGCUCUGUUUUGUAGCUGCUCUAUGUUCUUACCAUGGUGGCGAUGUGCCUACUUACUGGAGAUGCUGGCCGUGGGGGCAUGUGUGGACGGGGUGUUCCAGAUGGUGUGGGAGCACCACUGCUGCAGCAUCCCUGCGAUUGCCUGUCUGCCCGCUAACUGUGCCGUGGUUCUCAAAGUGUGGCCCUUGGGUCCCCUCAAAAUGCACACUUCUGGCCCCUACCCCAAACUUUUGCAGGGAAAUCUCUGGGUGUGGGCUGGACAUCUGCGGUUCUUACAAAUUCCCUGAGUAAGUCUUCUGUGCAUUCUAAUUUGGGAAGCCCUGGCUGGGGAGGUUAAGUUGAUAUGUGAUUUCUUAUUUAUCAGUUGUAGGGUGUACUUUGUCUUCACCAGGGCAUGUUCUAUUGCUUCUACUGUUUUCACGAUCUAGCCCUGCACUUUCGGACUCAGUAGCUACCAGCCAUAUGGACGCUGGGCACUUGAAAUGUGACUUACAUGACUAACACACUGAAUUUUUCAUUUCUUAAAAUUGUAAUUAAUUUACAA